AUGGCUACUGUAUAUGAGCAGCUAUAUGACACUCUGGACAUUGUUGGAGGACCAGAGGUGCGAGCACAGGCUACUGCCAAGGCCACAGUGGCAGCCUUUGCAGCCAGUGAGGGCCAUGCCCACCCAAGGGUGGUGGAACUGCCAAAGACAGAGGAGGGUCUGGGCUUUAACAUCAUGGGGGGCAAAGAGCAAAAUUCCCCCAUCUACAUCUCCAGAGUGAUCCCUGGUGGGGUGGCCGAUCGCCAAGGAGGGUUGAAGAGAGGAGACCAGCUGCUGUCUGUCAAUGGAGUGAGCGUCGAGGGGGAGCACCAUGAGAAGGCUGUGGAGCUACUGAAGGCCGCCCAGGGUUCAGUCAAGCUGGUGGUCCGCUACACCCCAAAGGUCCUGGAGGAAAUGGAGGCUCGCUUUGAGAAGAUGAGGAGCGCCCGGAGACGACAGCAGCACACCAGCUACUCAUCUCUAGAGUCCAGGGGCUAGCUAAUCCAAUGCCUCCAUCCACCUCAUCGUCCAACCCUCCUGACUCUUCUGUUCUAGGGGGAGGCAAGACCAUAGAUGGAAAGCAAAAAACCAAAGUAGCCUACCAACACCUGUUAACCUGAACUUCUUCAUGAAGCCAACGCUGCAGUUUAGGAUUUUCUUCCCUGCCUCUUUCCCUAUUUCUUAGAGAAAUGCAACAGUAAGCUUGUUGUCAGACCAUGCUUGUAUUUUCACCUUUCCAGUGUGAAAUCAUCCUCAGCAUCCUGUUACAUAAGGGCAAUAUAUUCUCUUUAGUGAGUGGCUUAACUAGAACCAAGUGUUCACGACUUGAAAAUUAGAGUGGUUUUACCUUUGCAUUCUCAUGUAGUGCACUGCACUCCUCAACCAUGUCCACUGUCUGCAGUUAGAGCUGAGUAGCAGAGGAAUUAUGUGGAAACUGAAACCUUCAGCCUUCACCACCAUUUCUCCAUCAGAUGUCGGAGCUAGAGGGCUAAUCAUUAGCAUUACAUCAACUACACAGGAGUCAGUAGCUGGCAAGUGUCAUCUUAUAAAGUUUAUUUGUGUGUUCAUUUAUUUGCAUAAUUUAUUCAUGAAAUAAAGUCUGUGUAAAUUCAA